UUAAUUGCGUCCUAAUGAGGGGGUGCUAUUUAAAACCACUUUUCCCUUCUGCAACUUUUCAGUGUGUUUUCAAUUGUGAACCAUGAAGCUGUGCGCACUUUUACUCACCGCUGCGUUUUGCCAAUGUGCCGGAAACGUUCUCUUGGAAGUUUCGCCGUGCCCCAGGCUGUUUGUGUACGAGCGGACCAGUUCCUAUAACGAUCGGUGGUUUGGCAUCAUCACGUUGUUAAACGAUGCCACUCUGAACGGAAUUUGGCUACGUGUCUCUUUCGACCGCCCUAUUAUUCAAUUAGGGAAUUGGUUUGGAGAAGUGGUGAAGAAGUCUACGACUGAAUACGUCAUCAAAAACCCAAAUUUCAACUUAAAAGCCCACACGCCGAAAAUCGUACGCAUCUUCGUCAAGUACAACGUGAACGCGCCUCCGCCGCAGGUGGUCGGAUUUAAACUAAACGCGCGAACGGUGUGUCCCGAGGAGGUGGUCUCCACGACGCCGAGCACCACCACCGAACACCUCUUUACCAAUAGCGAAGACCAAGUCACCCCCGAUCUUGGAUCACGAAACAACGUCAUGUCUACGGACGACUCCACCACAGAGUUGAACUUUAACGAGCAGCCGCUGUUUAUAUCGCACCUGAAACCUCACAGCAACCCUACCAGCACUUGCGGUACCAUCUCGACGCAACCCAGCAAUGCCCAACCGCAAAUCGCGUACAAAGGCCAAUUUCCUUGGCACGUAGCGCUCUACUACACGAAAGACGUCACGAUCGCCUACCUCUGCGGCGCCUCCUUAAUAUCGCCCGACCACAUCGUGACCGUCGCCCACUGCGUGGUCAAGGGAAGCACGCAGACCGCCGUCAACCCCGACCGUCUCGUCGCCUACAUGGGCAAGUACUUCCUGAAGCACUGGACGCAGGAGGGCACCCAAACGCGCUACAUUUCCAAGAUUUCGCCGCACCCGAACUACAAAUCUGAGACGAACGCCAACGAUAUUGCGCUUCUUCGACUGACGAACAGCGUCGAGUUUACCGAUAUCAUCCGCCCGGUCUGUCUGUGGACGGAGGAGGUCGGCACAAACGUCGGGAGCGUGGUCGGUUGGGGAUUCGACGAAAUCGGCCGUAUUGAAGAAAAGUUAAUGUACGUCCAAAUGGCGAUACAAGGGGAGGACACGUGCAACGUAUCGGUCGCGAACUACUCGGUUAAAUUUAACAACGACCUCACCUACUGCGCCAGCUUUCUCGAAGAUACCCUCGAGUGCGUAGGCGAUUCGGGUGGUGGCAUGGUCUUCCGUACCGACGACGGAAUUUGGCAGCUACGCGGCAUCGUCACCGUCAGCGUAGUCCUGCAGCAUCAAUUGAAAUGCGGCCCCCAGCAGUACGCCGUAUUCACAGAUGUCAGUAAAUACCACAGUUGGAUCAAAGAGACCCUGGCGAUUUUAUGAAAAUGGCCCUGUAUGAAUUUUGCACCUGUAUAUAAA